AUGGCACAAAACGCCCAAGCCCAAAAACCAGUGAUCGACCGAGAUGAUGUGAAUGAUUGGGUCAAACGCUUUAACGAUGCUCUGGCCGAUUCCACCGUCAUCACUGGCGAGGCCGCCCCUGACGCUCGCCCAUGGGCAGAGUCGCUGUUCGGCUGCUUCAUGCCCAUCGACACCUGCGCGAUCACAUGCUGCGUGCCCUGCAUCACUUUCGGAAAGACCCACCAUCGAACCAGGAAGAAUGGAAACAUGGAAGGAUACAACUGCCUGAAUACCUCUUGUUUGAUGUUCGCCGGCUCCACCUGCUUCGGUCUACACUGGAUCCCCAUGAUCUUCCAGCGGGCAGAUAUCCGCCGGAAGUACAACCUGCAGGGCAGCUUCGUCAGCGAUCUCUUCACGUCGUGCUGCUGUGGUUGCUGCUCCCUCGUCCAGCAGGACAAGGAAGCCGAGCUGCGCGAGCAGGAGUUGGCCAAGAAAGCCAACGGUGCAGGCUACGCAAAGCCCGACGCGAUGUCAUACCCGGCAUGA